AUGUCUAACCUAGAUGGUAAAUUACCAGACACUUUGAAUGAUGCCAUUUUAAAGGCAUCAGUGCCAAUUCCUGAUGACUAUAUCAAGAUUGAAGGUAUUGAUUAUUCUAAGCCAGAAGCUGUUGAUAUGAAAGCUUCUGAUUUGAUUGAAAAUAUGAAACGUAUGGGUUUCCAAGCUAGUUCCUUAGGUCAAGCUUGUGACAUUAUUAAUAAUAUGAGAAGUUGGAGAGGUAAACAUGUUGAUAAUUUGAAUGAAAAUGAGACGAAAGGUUGUUUUGACGAUGAAGGUUAUCAAAAGACUACCAUCUUCAUGGGUUACACUUCUAAUUUGAUUAGUUCUGGUUUACGUGAGACUCUUCGUUUCUUAGUUCAACAUAAAAUGGUUGACGCUUUGGUAGCUUCCGCUGGUGGUAUCGAAGAAGAUUUGAUCAAAUGUUUGGCUCCAACUUAUUUAGGUGAAUUUGCUCUAAAAGGUUCUAGUUUACGUGAGCAAGGUUUAAACCGUAUUGGUAAUCUUUUAGUUCCAAAUGACAACUACUGUAAAUUCGAGGAAUGGAUUGUUCCAAUUUUCGACAAGAUGUUAGAGGAACAAGAAGAGUAUGUCAACAAGCACGGAAACAGUUGUAUGGAUGCUAACCAAGAUCUUGAUUCACCAGUUUGGACUCCUUCCAAAUUAUGUGAUCGUCUAGGUAAAGAAAUUAACGAUGAAUCUUCAGUUUUGUAUUGGGCUCAUAAGAACAAGAUUCCAAUUUUCUGUCCUUCUAUCACAGAUGGUUCUAUUGGUGACAUGUUGUUCUUCCACACUUUUAAAGCUUCUCCAAAACAAUUAAGAGUUGAUAUUGUUGCCGAUAUCCGUAAAAUCAACUCCAUGUCUAUGGAAGCUUCUAGAGCUGGUAUGAUUAUCUUAGGUGGUGGUUUGAUUAAGCAUCAUAUUGCCAAUGCUUGUUUGAUGAGAAAUGGUGCUGAUUAUGCAGUUUACAUUAACACAGGUCAAGAAUUUGACGGUUCCGAUGCUGGUGCAAGACCAGACGAAGCUGUCUCUUGGGGUAAAAUUAAAGCCGAAGCUAAAUCCGUUAAGGUUUAUGCAGAUGCUACCAUUGUCUUUCCAUUAGUUGUUGCUGCAACAUUUGCUAGUGGUAAAAAAAUUGAGAAGAAAUCGGAUUAA